AUGGCUAUCAUCCAACAACAAAGUGAAUAUGAUUUUGAACUCUACAAACCACUUUACCCCAAAACGUGCAUAGGCUCAUUUGGUAGAAAUUGUUCGGGUGGACUGUGUACACCAGGGUAUUACGGUCAUGGAUGUAAGGAACUAUGUGAGUGUGGAACCAUUUUAUGUGACAGAACAAGAGGUUGUCCUCAUGAUGAUAAGAGCGGAACAUAUCACUACUGGAUUUACAUUGUUCUAGGCACAUUAAUCAUCAAUAGUAUACCCAUAACCAUUGCAAUAAAUGUUUUCAUUUCGACUAGAAAAAGGAACACUGGAGGCAAACAGAAAAAUAGUCUAGAAACAGCUGAAAGAAAAGGAAAAUUAAACAUAUGCGCAGAUGUCUUACUUAAACGUUUUCGGAGAGCACCCUCAACCGAUGACGAGGAUGAAGACACAGAGAAACCGCACGAAAGCAGUCUGGAAACACCUAAAAGAAGAGGAAAAUUGAAUGUUUAUGUUGACUCCUUACUAAAACGUGUGCGGAGAGCACCUGCUCAUAGUGAAGAGGAGGAAGAUUCAAAUAAACCAAAGGAGGAUUAUUUUGCUAUGCGGAUGUCCAUGGCUCCACCAAAAGACAACGUUCAUCAUUUUACGGGUUGCGAUGAAGAAGAUGAGGAUGACGAUGACAUAGAGGACUAUGUAGAAAUGAACGUGCAAUCCAACUUUACAUCCAAAACACAAUCGAAGGAACUUUAUCAUUCCUUAAAGAUCUUUGAGAGGAAAUAUGAGAAACCAAACAACAACUCGAAGAACGAGUACUCUCGUGCUAAUUUCUCACAAUCAGGAGAGGCAUAUGAUACGACACAUGGCAAUAAAGAUGGAGGAAUACUAGGUGGCAAUGUGUACUCUGUGUCAAACACUUACAUAGGCGUAUCUGAAAAUCUUUAUGACAGCACAUCUAAAGAGAUGUAA